GCGACUUCGAUUUCGCUGGAGCGUUGUGUCUUAAGAAGCGAUCUCCGUCUCUGAGCAAUUUUCAAUUUCUCAUUGCUCGUUGUUGUUCGUCACGUUGUGGUGCAUUUCGCGCUCUGCUAAUCUUGAAGCUUGAAUUGACUCGCCUCGACCCCACCAUCACCGCGUUAACGAACAGCGCGCUUUCGACAAGGGAUAGAAACUCAGCUACACUGUCAGCCAUAACCAUAACACUCGCACAUUCACGCCUUCGCGCUCGUUUUGCUCAUUUUUCAUGCCUUCGCGUCUCGAUCUGACCUCUGCAUUGCCUUUCCUACCAGCAAAAUCUGCGGCAGCAACCUGGUCAACACGUCGAUAUUCCAGUAGACUCUUUCGUUCUUCGCAACCAGCUGUUCUCCUGAAGGCCAACGCAGUAUACAAUGGCCAGCGGUGGAGGAGAAACAAGCGGCCAUGUCGACCCCGAGACACUGUAUACCAAGCAGAACUGCAUAGGUGGUGGAAGCUUUGGGAAGGUGUACAAAGGGGUGGACAAGCGCACCGGUCAAGCAGUGGCAAUCAAGGUCAUCGAUGUCGAGAAUGCGGAAGAUGAGGUAGAGGACAUUGUCCAGGAAAUCGCCAUCCUGUCCGAAUUACACUCGCCAUAUGUGACACAAUACUAUGGAUCAUAUCUGAAAGGCUCGGACCUAUGGAUCAUCAUGGAAUUUUGUUCUGGUGGGAGUUGUGGUGACCUGAUGAAGCCUGGCUUGAUUGGGGAAGAGUAUAUUUCCAUCAUUAUACGAGAACUCUUGCUGGGCCUGGACUACCUACAUUCUGACAAAAAGUUACACCGAGAUAUCAAGGCUGCCAAUAUCUUGCUGGGGUCCAAUGGCCAAGUCAAGCUGGCAGAUUUCGGUGUUUCGGGGCAACUUUCGGCAACAAUGACGAAGAAGAACACCUUUGUCGGUACUCCUUUUUGGAUGGCGCCUGAGGUCAUCAAGCAAUCUGGGUACGAUCACAAAGCAGAUAUCUGGUCGUUAGGAAUUACAGCUCUUGAGUUGGCCAACGGCGAGCCUCCUUAUUCGGAUAUCCAUCCCAUGAAAGUUUUAUUUCUGAUUCCAAAAAAUGCACCGCCCGAGCUGGAAGGUAACUUUUCAAAAGCUUUCAAAGAAUUCGUUGAAUUAUGCCUUCAAAAGGACCCCCGGAAACGACCCUCUGCCAGAGAUCUUCUGAAGCAUCCCUUCGUAAGAAGGGCAAAGAAAACAUCCUAUCUGACGGAACUGAUUGAGCGUUAUGAAAGAUGGGCUGUCCAUCACAAAGGCGGUGAUGAUGAUUCGGAUGAGGAACGAGACGAAGCUCCACGAGCUGCACCUGCUAAUAAUGAUCUUUGGGAUUUUGGCACUGUACGACCUGUGGUCGGCAGGAACGUCGCCAGGGCUGGUUUGAACGCCAUGGGGGAGUCUGCAACAAAUGCCAGAUCAUCUAGAUCUUCGGAAAGUGGAGACGACUAUGCAGAACGACCACGAAGCCUGUCACCUACGAAGAUGAAGGAUUCUGGAUAUGUUUCUAACGCCGACACAAUCAAAGCUAUGAAUCCCCAAAUCUCAGAACAGCGACAAGUAUCACCGCAAAGACGACCUGUUCCGCAAAUGCCACCAUCCUCGCCUUCAAAGGUACCCCUUCCUCCAUCGCCCGAGAAGUAUAGGACGACUGCACCAGACACUCCCAGAGCCAACCAGCAGCCGUUCUUAUCCCAGCAGAACACCGAUUCGCCAGAUUAUGACCGUAGCUUACAGGAACAACUCCAGAGAGACAUGGGCUUCUUGAACAUAGCAUCAACACCUUCUCCACAAACCCCUACUAGAUUAGCAUUAGCUCCAUCUCCGCUACCACCACAACUUGCUCAGAAUCCAGAACUUGGUCGACCUUCGGCUCAACAAUCACUCCCAAAGCUGGGCCCUAUUAAAUUGCCUGAGAUACCUCCCUUUCGCGGACAUGGUCAGCCUCUACAAAGGGUUACGAACCAAUCAGCUCCUAGCUUAUCGAAGCAGCAAACUCCACCACCUCCAAUACAUCAAUCACUUACCUCCCAAAAUAUUAACCCGAGGCAGCUGGGACAGCAACCAUUGCCAGCUCUGCCAUCAAAGCUACGAGACAACACCCCCUCUCGUGAAAGUCUCUCAUCUGAGUCUUCUCGAGCCCCGACCUCUAUGCCCUCGCCAGCACCGUCGAGUCCUACGGGCGAUCUUGACGCACUUAAUGAUGUGAUAUUUCCUGCCUUGGAAGAAGCUUUGAAGCGCAGACAAUAUCGACUGCAACAGGCUUUUCGCGGUACAGGAACUACGCCAAAACAACAAAGAGCACAAGCAGCUCACGAGAAACUGCGGAAAUUGGUGUACAAAUUAGCGCACGUUUGCAAAGAAAUCGAUCACUGGGACAAGGAAGAACCCGUGGGCAUGGGCAAAGAUGUUGAUGUCUUCCUUGAAGGUCUUUUGGAGGAGAUCUUGGUGCGAGUCGAGCCUGCUGACGAUGAGGAGGCGGAUGAGAGGAGGUGAGAUACCUUCAAUGACGGGUGACGAGGAACGAUGGGAUCGGGUCAUGCAUGUUACGAGGAUGAUUCACGGACGGCGUUAGUCCAUUGAACCUUUCGUGCUGGGAAUGUAUGGUAAAGGUGUUUAGAUGGUUGGUCUUGGGUUUCAUGGUACGGAUUGGACUGGAAGUGUAAAUACGCUAAAACAAAAGGCUUCGAGGCAUGUUUUAUUUCCUCUAGACAUUGUUCAACAACUUACGUGCAUGC